GGAAGAGGCACAUGUGGGGAGUCCCAGUGGACAGCAGCGAGGGAAACUUCAAGGAGGGCUUCAAAAUUGGACGAAGAGGGGAUGGAGGUUGCUGUGUGUCGCCAUGGGUUCCUUUUGAAAGCCCUUAAUAUGUACAGGGGAGAGAUAUUUGCCUACCCUCUGUAUCUUCAAAAGGAGCUCAUGCCAGCCAAGGCACAAUUCUUCGCAAUGGAUGUGGCAUGCAAAUACUGGCCAUACCUGGAGAAAGUUGCAAGUGUCCUUCCUGCUCUUCAGGAGCUGACCACUAUGAAACCCUUUCUCAGUGUAAUGCAUGCUCGAGCCCAUGCUACUAAGUGUGAGAUUAAUUGGAGUGGCAGGAACCAGGAAGGAGCAGGGACAACAGCUGGUGAGGAGAUGGAGCAAGUGAACAGCUACCUCUCACGUUGUGCCCUGACGACCAAAUAUAUGUCCAAAGCAGCACGGGUGGACAUGCUUACCUUGCAUGCAAUGGGGUGGAACGAGAAAAAAAAUCUCUCUCUACAUCAGGCACUUUCCACAAGAUAUGUGAAGACUUGUCAGAGACUCCAGGAUGAGACUGCAAGGCUAGCUGACCUAAAAACAGAGCUAGAUUGCACAGAUAAAUUGGUGUCACAGUGGCUAUCUGAUGUGAAGGAAUGGGCAGCUGGUGAGACACCUGAUACAUAUAGUGCCAGUCAAGGCACAACACACAGAGGAAUUCAGCAAUUAAUUGAGGGGCUCUACUUUAGUGUGAGGCACCGGAAGCGAACCCUCUACCGUCAGAAUGACAGCAGCAAGUUUCGCCAUCGCCUUCGAAGAAAGCUGGCAGAAGACAAAAAACUCCUUCUUCAGGAGAUACAGAAAUACAAUGAUCUUGUACUAGAAUCGGCAACAACCAUUGACGUAGCUGUGGUGGAGCAUUCCCUAACUGGAGAGAGUACUGUGUCUCAAAUAUGGCCGUGGGAAGUUCAUGGCAGUGCAAACAUUUCAAUCAAGAAACGAGUGCACGAUCAAGUGAUGUUAACAAGGCGACUGCAUGAGGAAACAAGAGUUUUGGUUUUGGAGAUGGCACAACACUGCACAUGGUUGCAGAGCCUGGCAAUGGUUCUCAAGAACAAGUUGGCUGAGGAGGGUAAGUUUAAUUAAAACCCUGUCCAUCUAAUGUGUUAAAAAAACACACAAAAAAAACACAUCAGUCACAGAACUUGAUGGAGUAGAACGCUUAUUGCUCUCUUUGCCGAGGUCCUUUAACACAUACAUAAAAUGGGGAUUAAAAUUGUUACUGUAGCUAUGGUUACAAGUCAGUAAGGCUAUAAAGAUUCACAUUUGCUUGAAGAUGUGCAGAUUUGUUGUACUAUGGCUGUU